AUGGAGGUUACAUCUCUCUGCAUCAGACUGUUGAUGACUAUGUUGUUGCUGCUGGUCGCACAAGUUAACUUCAAUUACUCUCAAAAAGCUGAUUCAUCUUUUCCUCAGGUUGUUCCAAACAGACAGCAGCACUUUGAAUAUGAGUCCAUAGAUGUCAGCUGUGAGGGACUGGAGGGACUGACAGGAUGGAGAGUGAUGAGGAAGAUUAAAAGAGUUAUUAAAACAUGUUCUUCUACCUGGUCGACAUCGACAGGACCCUGCACAAUUAAUAAUGCCUUUCCAGCAUCUGACAGUGGAGAAUACUGGUGUGAAAUGUCAGUAAAGAAAAGCAACACUGUCAACAUCACAGUCACUGCUGGCUCUGUGAUUAUGGGGAGUCCUGUCCUUCCUGUGAUGGAGGGGGAAGCUGUGACUCUGAGCUGCAGACAGAAGCAGACGUCCACCAAUCUCACCACUCAAUUCUUUAAAGAUGGUCACCUCAUGGAGAAGAGUUCUACAGGAAUCAUGACCAUCCAUAAUGUUUCCAAGUCUGAUGAAGGACUCUACAAGUGCAGAAUCUCUGGAGCUAGAGAAUCACCAGAGAGCUGGCUGGCUCUCUCGCUGCUGUUCUACGUCGGUAUCGCUGUUUUCUUGGUGGCUUUGCUGCUGUUGGUGGGAUUACUGCACUAUAGGAAACAUCAAACCAUCACCAGAGAUACCCUAAUGUCUCCUUCAUCCUUCCAGCCUUUACCUUCUCUACAAACAGUGCCUGAAGAGGCCAAUGUAGCUGUUCCGUCCCAGACGACAUAUGCUGUCGUCACAAAACCCAGAAGGGAGAGAGUGCCUGAAGAGGCCAAUGUAGCUGUUCCGUCCCAGACGACAUAUGCUGUCGUCACAAAACCCAGAAGGGAGAGAGUGCCUGAAGAGGCCAAUGUAGCUGUCCUCGUCCCAGACGACAUAUGCUGGUGUGUCACCAAAACCCAGAACGGAGAGAGGUAA